UUGUUUCCAUUAAUGUUUUCAGUAGGGUUUUCGAAAAUGGGAAGGGGAAAGAUCGAGAUCAAGAGGAUCGAAAAUAACACCAACCGACAGGUUACCUUCUGCAAACGCCGAAACGGGCUUUUGAAGAAAGCUUACGAGCUUUCGAUUCUCUGUGAUGCUGAGGUGGCAUUAAUCGUGUUUUCGAGCCGUGGCCGCGUCUCUGAGUAUGCCAACUGCAACAUUAGAUCAACCAUAGAAAGGUACAAAAAAGCAACUGCAGAUAGUUCAAGUGUCUACGCAACUCAAGAAAUCAAUGCUCAAUUUUACCAACAAGAGUCCAAGAAACUACGUCAGCAAAUACAAAUGCUCCAAAACUCCAACAGGCAUCUUAUGGGUGAAGGGCUGAGUUCUCUCAAUGUCAAAGAACUGAAACAAGUCGAAAGCCGUCUCGAAAGAAGCAUCACAAGAAUCAGGGGCAAGAAGCAUGAAAUGAUACUUGCUGAGACUGAGAAUUUGCAGAAAAGGGAGAUUCAGCUGGAGCAGGAAAAUGCUUGCCUCAGAGCUAAGAUUCAAGAAAACGAAAAGCUUCAAGAACUUAGCAUGAUGCCUUCUGGACAGGACUUUGCUUUGCAGGCUUAUUUCGCCCGUAAUGUGCUUCAGCUCAAUAUGAUGGAGACUGCCACAAUAUCCCAUCCCUGAAAAAAAGAAUCUCUAUAUCGGAAUCAAGAGAUGCCAUGUCAAGAUAAUCGUUACUAUUUUACCGGCUUUUUGUUUCGUUCGAUUAUGACAAUCGUGCCUCUUUUUAGCGACAUUGUUAAUUAAUUACUCCAAUUGUGUGAUCUCUAUACGUAUUCGAUUAUGCUAAAGCUUGCACUUUUUACCACCUAAGCAGACAACAUUAUAAGAAAA